ACUGCCUACUCGCUUCUCGACGCCUAUGGCUCGCUCUCACCAGACGCUAUCCUUUCCCACCUCGAUGACAACUGCACACACCAGGCCCUGCCCGCCUCGCUGGGUAUGCCUCCUCGCUCCAAAGAAGAGUUCAGAGGCCACGCUCAAGGCAUCACGUCCAUCUUCACCACUUUCGCCAUGGUCCCGCAAAACAUCUACGAAGACGAAGACAACAAUGCCGUAGUCAUUCACGCCUUGAUGGACGGUCAGCUGAACAAGCCUGGCAUGGGACAAUGGAAGAACGAGUGCAUAAUGCUGCUGCGUUUCACACCAGACGGCUCUAAGAUCACUCAGAUCAGAGAGUUUGUCGACAGCGCAAAAGCCAUGGAAAUGCGC